GCGAGGUAGCGGGGAUCAUGCCGGUCUCUAUACAUACAACAGCCUCGGCGGAUUAAGAGACGAGAAAAAGACGGGCCGCAACGUGCCACGUGUCGCCACGACGGUCUGCCGUCUCCGUUUGGUUACGCGAUCGGAAGUGCGCGGCGACUGAAAAAGAUGACACAGUCCCGCGGUGAGGAGAGACGCGCGUCGCACGACGAUAACCACCAGCGUGAUGGUCCGAGUGUAGUAGAUUGAUAUACAUAUGCGCGAGAGGAGAGAAAAAUAAGUGGGUAAAGUGCUCUGGAAGCGAUCUACGACUCUUUCAAGUCGUCGUCGUCGUCGUCGAGAAGUACCUGGCAGUGCGAACGCAGUACGAGGCGCGGGAACGGAUCUCCCUGGAGCCGCAGGAACGGAAAGCGAAGGGUGGACGAUGCCGUCGGUAUGGCAGCAGACUCCGCUGAUACUUCCUUGCUAACGAGCGCCAUCGAGGAAGAUCCAACUGAGAGCCCGAAUACGAUUCAUGUAGGACGAUCUGAGAUUCUCCAUCUCCACUGCCAUCACCAUCACCCCCGCAGCAAGGAUGUUCCAAGGAAAUGUCGGAGAGAUCAAAACGGUGCGCUAUUGUGCGACUUCGACGAGGUGAUCGAUUACGUCGAUUAUGCUAGACUGAUUCGGAGCUGGUUAUCAAGAACAUGCAAUUGGCUCCCGAAGAUGUGCUCCUGCAUCGACAGCAGCUCAACGCUGCCCAGUAACCGAGCCGCAAGCUAUGAGCGGCUUGGUUCCAAUCUCACGAUCUUCGAACUCAACAGCACGAUGCGAAGGAGUCGAAGAAGUGACCAGGAUAUGAUAGACAGUGAAAGACAGGAAGAAUUGCGGUUUUAUAACAACGAUCAUUCUUUUACGACCGUGGUCGUGGAGAAAAAUCUACGAACGAUCGACCUGUGCGAGUUGCUCAAAGUCAAGAGGAACACGAUCGGCGCAGCCUGGUCGAUAAUCGAAACGUGGCCGAAACUGGGAAUCGAGCGUACUUUAGAAGAUCACGAAGAUAUACUCGCUGUUCAUAGGGAAUUGGAAAUGUUCGCUUCCCAAUACGAAAGGAGGUUCUAUUUUAGUCAAGACUUUCUGAAAUAUGAAGUGUUCAUCAAGCCUGUGCAAUUUUUUCCUCCGGACAUGAUUACGUUUCCCAGCGGGGAAGAGAGGGGCACAUUUACCGAAGCCGAGAGUGCGUUAAGGAAUUACUUGUUACGGGAGGACAGUGAGUGCCCGUACGUAUUCAGCAUGGUGUGGAUGCGAAAUGCGAGUUCGAACGGUUGGAAGAAGAUGUACAUGCUACUUCAAGGCCGGAAACUCUACACGACAAAGAAGGCGAUCGCGACGCUACCAAAACGGCCUCUGGACAAUGAACAACUAAUCACACUCGCGCACUUGUCGGAUUAUAACGUCUACAGGAUACCGAACGCCAAGCGGGUUUUCGGCGCACCCUUCGAGUGGGGCGCCUGCCUGAGGCCGAACAGCAACGCCGAAGCCGAAGAUACGGAGGCUGGGGAGCCCGGGAUCAAGGUCAUUAUUUUCGAGAACGAAAAAUCGCGCACCUGCUGGCUCACAGCCAUGAGACUCGCUAAGUACGGCAAACAGCUACGAGAGAAUUACCGAGCCUUCAAGAACAAGCAGUGCGAGCAGAACGGCGGAGGCAGCCCCAAAGAGCAAUACAGCAGCUACAAUGUAUCCAACGAAUCGAUACGAUCACGCGUGGCGAUGGAUUUUACCGGUAGCGUGGGCAGGAUAGUCGAGGAUCCCAAAGAAGCCAAGGAUAUAGCCGAAAAUGAAGGCAUGGUUUGGCGGCGGAGAUGGCGACCGUUUUCGAGAACACCACCGGGAUGUGCCAUGAUGAGGCUGCAUGGCCUCGACGCCGGUAUACAUGUUCUUCAGCCUUGGUUCCACGGCGGUCUCAAGAGGGAUGUCGCGGCAGCUAUUAUAAGGGAUCACGGCAGCGUCGACGGCGUGUUUCUGGUCAGAGAGAGCAAGAGUAAUCCUGGGGCCUUCGUGCUGACCUAUAAGUACAACGACAAGGUCUUUCACGCGCAAAUCCAACCCAUCUUUGAUGAGCGCCGCAAUUGCUGGCUGUAUACUCUCGAUAAGGGAACGACCAAGUUCUAUGAUCUGCUGCAAUUGGUUGAGUUCUAUCAGCUGAAUGCAGGCUCGCUGCCUACCCGGCUCACUCACUACGUGCAGAAUGGGGUAAAACCGCCGCUGCACAAACCGGAGGACGGCGGGGCAUCGCCGUCGCCGCCUGAGAGCAGUAGCCAGCGGAUCAACAGCAUCGACAAGGCCGCAGAGCCAAGCGGUAAUCCGAGCAGCAUUUGAGUAUAGGACAGUCGGCGACCCGCUUGUGUUGUCGACGAUGAUCGCCUACUUACCGUUUGCGCCACUACCAACGGGCCCCUCGACCCCGCCACCAUCACCGACAACAUUGUGAUGGUGCACCGUAACAACAGUAACAACAAUCGUCUGGGGAACAACAACAGCAACGGCGGUGGCAACGGGAAUCGUGACGACGUCCACACGACACGAUCGGGUUGCUGGAACCUGUGUUUUUGCAGUUACAACAAGUGGGAUUUGUAGCGCGAUCAGUAACGGCAGUAGCAAAAGUAACAGGAUGAUGUUCAAGCGGACGCGAAGAUGUAUGGCUGUUUCGUUAAUGAGAGAAAGAGAAAGAAAGAAAGAAAUAGAACGAUGAGCGCGAAAGAGGACAAGCGGCACGGCUUGAGCAUCAUCCAUCAUUGAGUUAUCCUCGAAUCGCAACUCGUUCUAAUAACGUAGCAUGUGUGUGUGACGUCACUGGGUCGGCUGACCCGUGCAACAGAACGACCAAUUUUUGGGCGCGAGGCACGCAAUAAUGAGGAAAGAUACGAUAACCACGGGAAGGAACCGCAGGAUCGCUGUCGUACGAGAAAUUAUUCGUUUCAAUUCUUCACGUUUGUUCUGUUGUUCUACUCACGCGAAUAAUGUCCAUAGUAACGCGGCGUCGGUGUCCGCCGACAGCGAUCCUCACGCGGAAACGAAACCUCUUUGAUGUUUUUAAUCGUACUGUGUUAGUCGUCGUAUAAGGAUCCAUCUUAUCGUCUAGACCUUUCCAAACACCUUCCUCUCCUUUCCCUUUAUUUUCCUUUCACCUAAAAGUCCCAGCGAUUAAACAAACGUGUCUAGACGAUCAAAGAGGCAUCGCGUAUUUGUUUCGUCUUUUUUCUUCUUUUCUUUUCAUUUUCUAUAUUUUCACGUUCGUACAAGCAUGGCGCGUACGACUAGAAGAUUACUAACCGCGCGCGGCGACAUCGCCAUUCGCGAAGUUAUUUCGUGAGAAGAAAGGAAAAGCGCAAUUGUGCGCGCAUGUAUGGUGGGUGAUGCGUGUUGUAUCAUAGUAUGCUUGCGAGAGAAACUGAGGAGAAAAAAAGAGCUAGACAGUAGCCUGUCGUAAAGUACGAUAUAGUCGUAUAACUGUAUCGUACGAGUCAGUAAUACAAGACAAAUACAAACAGAAUUUGGCUUUUCUGCUUGGAUGUGUGUGUGUUGUUGUACGUAUGUGUCUGUAUAAAUGUGCGUGUAUAUAUGGAAAAGAAAGAGAGAAAUUGUCGUGUGGUCUCCUUCCUCCCUUAUCCUUUUUACUUCCUCGUUUUCCUUUCUGGCGCGCGUCGCGCGUACCAAACAUCUCUUCUGUUUAGUCGUUUCUCCGAAGAGAAUGCGCGACAGAGUCAAUAGCGCGAUUAGCUACCAUAUGACUUUGUCGCCUGACAACAAUGACGACGGGUUCAAAUGACGAGAGAAUCGACCAAAUCAAGAGAGAGAGGAGAGAGUGCACGAAGCGUCCGCGUGUUCCGUUCAUUAGUUGUAAGACUGUUUCAAGCAGAAUCACUUGGAAACGAUAAAUAUCGAGGUUCACGAUUAUUUCCGAGUCCGAGAUGUUCAAAAUUAGCGAGACGGUUUUUUCGAUGGGACAGGGGCAACGGAAAUAGAAUAUAGGUUUCUCGUAGAAGUAUCGAGAGUGAGUCUCGCAUUUUGUUUUUCGCAAAAUUUUUAUUGCGGCUCAGAAACGCGAAUUUUCGCUGCGGGACGAAGAGCCCAUUACAUAAAUGAAUCUAAGAAAUAAAAUUAAUUAGUAUAAGGAUCCUCGACGCGCGCCUACGUCGGGGGCCGAGGAACACGCUCGCGGAUUCUCGUGGUAUUGUAACGCGCGCCGAAAAAUGUGAAAGCGUGUCCCUUGGCAGAUAUGAUCUCAUAUUUUACAGAUGUUUCAGUUACGUGAGGCAUUUGUUGGUUAAUACGAAUUCGAAGAUGAGGUUCAAUUAUAAUUAUUAUAAAACUGUGCUAGGAACGCGUAACAUUGAAAUAAGAGAACGAAAGAGAAUGAGUGAGAAAGGUUUUGGUAGAAGAAAUGUAUGUAUAUGUGCGAGGAGACGAAUAAGGAAGAAGUUGAGAACGAAGUUGAUCAGGUGGUAAAACAAAAAGAAAAAAGUAUAUUUAAAUAUAAAACAGAUAUAUAUACAUAAUAUGUAUAUGCAUGUUCUAAAUUGUACAAUUUAAUUUUAUAUUCGGGAUAUAUAUUAUAUACUAUCGAUUGGAAAGAAUCGAUAGUGCGAAGUUCGUGGGUGCAGCAUCACCAGGUGCGAACGUUGUCGUGCAUUCUAGAUUUAUAAUAUGGAAGUUUCUAACGUAAUGUUUUUCGAAUAAUAAUGCGAAAGUCAUAGAAGACGAAGACGGAUUGACGGGAGAUGGUGGAGUGUGCAGGGUAUGGACACAGGAGAGAAAAUUAUUUACGCAAUGUAUUAUGAUUCGUCGAAGGAACAAUACCAAACCCCCUGCCCCCUAUUUGUACCUACUUUUUAAUGAUAUAUUUUUUCAUUGAUUAUAUAUUUAUUUAACGUCGAAACGUAGCGCCUACGCGUCAUGUCUUGAAGUGGUAAUUUUUUAAUUCGAAGAAGUGCAGAUCUUACACAGAUAAAUAACACGUACACAACGGACAACACAAGAAAACACAUUCACACACACACAUACACAUACACGAAACACAUGGACACAAAUUGCAUUAAAUUUUAGAAUAGUAGCGCUUUAUAGAACUAAAUAUUAGGAUAACAAAUUCUUCGUGAAUGGGUAUGAAAAAACAAUCUUCUGUAGGAAGGGUGGUCCACAAACGCGGCGUUCAUCCCCGACCCGUUUGCGUAAAGUUCCCUACUUCUUACGAAAUUUAAGUUAAAGUCGAAAUCAACGAAAUUACCUCUCGGAAUACGCUUAUCGCGCGCAAAAAAAGAAAUUGUCCUUUCGGCCUUUCGUGUAAAUAUGUCUAUUUAGGCCAAAAUCCCGCGUCUCCUCCCGAGUUUUCCUGUCCCUACUAUUCCCGUCUACCCGUGGCUCGUCGGUUGUUUGAAAAUCAAUUUUGAUAGCGGUUAAUCAAUCUUGAUUCUUCAGGUCGACACCGCGGUAUCCCGCUUCCUCCUCUUUCACCUUAUAAUCCGAAAAACCGAACGGAAAACGAGACAGACGCCGGGUUCUUCGUGGCCACCAGCGUAAAAGAAGCUAUAAAUAUUAUUAUUAUUAAUUACCUACAUAAAUUAUAAUAAAAUAUAUUUUGUAUUAAUGUAGUCACGAAUUAAUACGGCAAACGCAGUGGUCUGUGAAGACUGAAUCUAAGUAAGAGAACGCAAAUUAGUCCUGUGCGAAUUUCAUCGACGUCUGUUAAGAACAAUAAAAUGAUCAGGUAACGGAA